AUGGAGGCCAUGCACGAACUGAAUGACGUCGUUGAUGGUGCCUACAUCCCGCAAGACGUUUCUUCGUUUAUACGCAAUGAGGAGGACGCCUCUUCGUUCUUCACACGCUUCUCCGUCGUCAUCAUCACCCAAAUGGGCUCCAUUGAUCCUACAGUCCAGUGCAUCUCCUCCGCUUGUUUCAGAGCAAACGUUCCCGUUCUGCUAGUCCGUGCAAACGGGCUCGUCGGCUUUCUCCGCGUCCAGGCGCGUGAGGUAUGUAUACUGGAUGCCAAGGAUGAUGCCGCGGCCCCGGACUUAAGACUUCAUUCUCCGUUCAAAGAGCUGGAAGAAUUUGCAAGCAAAUUUAACUUUAACGAAAUUCAGGAUACCACUGUCUUGUCCCACAUUCCUUUCGUUGUUAUUCUUGUCCAAGCCAUCGCCCAGUAUCGAAAGCAACACGGCGGUCAACUUCCAUCGUCACGUCCGCAAAAGGAAGAAUUUAAAGAGGUUGUCAAGUCCAUUCGUCCGUCCUGCUGCCCUGACGCUGCGGAAAACUUUGAAGAGGCCCUCAAAGGCUCGAAUUUACGCCUUUGUUAUGCAAGUGCACGUGAGGUCCCGAGUUCAACACGCGCAGUGUUUUGUGACGCAAAGAGCAACCCAAUUACCGUGAGUGGGCUUCAGCCAGAAAGCUGUGAUUCUUCCCAACUUGGGCGAAAGGGCGCUUUCCCGGAAGCUAUUCGCUACGUGAAGUUGUCCAAAGCAAGCAGCACUACUUUGGCCGAAUCAGAGUCAAAUCUUGUGCAAGGCGGAUCCACCAUAGCUGGUGCCGCACGAAUUGCGAAUGAUUGCCGUGUGUUCUGGUUGCAUGUCGCCGCAAUUCGAGAUUUCAUGGAACGGUUCGGAUGUCUCCCUCUCCAGGGUUCCUUACCGGACAUGGCUGCUGAUACAGAAUCUUACGUAAGCUUGCAAAAGUUGUAUUCGUCGAAAGCUCGUGAUGACGCUCGAAUAGUGGCACAGUGUGUUAAUGAGAUCGCUGAUAGACAUGCAGUUGACGCGGAAGACUUUGAUGAGGAGUCCGUUCGUCUCUUUUGCAAAAACGCUUCCAGUUUGCGAGUUUAUCGUACUAAAUCGAUUGUCGAGGAAAUCGAGAGCAGAGGGAAGGGUGGCUUUAAGGCAGCUGCAGAAAUGGACGGAGCUUUGGAUGCUAGUCAAAACGGGACGGCAGCCCCUUACUAUGCCUUGCUGAGGGCUGCCGACCAAUUCAGAUUGGAACAUGGGCGGGAAGCUGGAUCAGUGGCAGAGAUGCGUGAAGCAGAUGACAGUCUUAUAUGUGAGUACCUCAGCGCAGUGAAAGAAGAUAUCGGUAUUCCUGGAACCGCGUUGCUUUGGCGUGAUCAAGCCACAGAAAUGGUGCGGUAUGCGGGAAGCGAAUUGCAUAACGUUUGUGCAUUCAUGGGCGGCAUAGCUGCCCAGGAAGUGACAAAAAUUUUGACAAGACAGUUCAUGCCGCUCGACAACACUUUGAUAGUCAAUUUUGCGCAGCAGACAAGCGUCACCUUUGCGGCAUAAAUGAAGUGAUGUCAUUUUUUCGCAAACACUGAAACUCUUUACACAGCGUUUGAGCAGCCAGUCAGCUGUUGCAUGUCUGCGCCUUGAUGCUCCAGGUCGUAAUUUCCGCUUGUCUCUGGAUUGCUGUGCGACGUAUCGCGAAAAGCCAAAACCCUCCAGCAUUCGAGUACGUGUUAUUCUCGUAGAACCGAUUGAAAUCGACAUUCACACACGUGAGCUGUGCUGUUGCUGCUUUUGCGUAAGACGCAAAAUUGUCUCAAGACCUCCUUAAAGCCUUCUUCAAAAUGAAAAAGGAUGGUCCAGGGGAAGUCAUUUGCAAACCACGAUAUAUUCGGACUACCAAGCCUGCGCAUGUUUGGUUGUCGGAGAUAAGCCCAUGCACUUCAUUGCAAUUCGAAAAGAGUCGUUAUUGCCAACCGGAGAAUGACAAAAAGAAUUAUGGGCUCGGGAAAAUUGCCGAUCUUAGGCCCUGGCUAGCUCUGAUGUCUGGCGUUCUGAAGUUACCAAAAAGCGAGAAAGAUGAAUAAUUUUCCUCGCUCGAUCUUUCACAUUUUUGCAGCUCUUUAGUCUGUUAUCAUGGUGCAAAAGAGAACACGGAGAAAGCGAGAAGGAUAUGUUGACAAAGUCAGCUCGAAAAAAUGUAUGAUGGCCCUGUGCAUGUGCAAGUUGAGAGCUAUUUCGCCAAAAUUAUGGCGGCCUACCAAAGAGCAGCUCGAAAAGAUGCUUUGAAAGUGUGGUUCCAUCCAGAUAGGUCAGCACAGAUAAGGCACAGCCACAUAAGGCACUACAAAUCAGCACAUAAAGUCACCGCCGGCCGCCGUCCCCCCAGGGGUGAGAGGGCCAUCGGUGUUCAUGGCAUCACAGAAAGAAUUCCGCUUCACUGACGUUCAGGUGGACAAAGGAUAUUCUGCUAGUGUCUUUGCUGUGUUUUGUGGCUACAUACUUUUUUGGCCUCCGGGGAGACUUGAAUUUUCUCCAAAUAUACAGUAAUAGGAGAGCCCUUUAUUUUCUGUUUCUUUAUUUUUGAAGGAACUUAUGCUCCAGAGCAUGUCAAACUGCUUUUUGGACAGCCUCAUCAUUUCGUCGUGAAACGGCUUCACAACUCUUUAAUAUCGAUUAUAAUGGGAUAGGGCCCAACAGUUUGCUUCAUGAAGAUGUGACGACAACUCGCUCACCCUCCGUCAAAUAGAGAGCAGGAACACAGAGUCUGGACAUGCAACAGUGCCCAUGCGUACUAAACACUAAAAUUCAAUGCGCAGUUCAUUCAGAGAGCCGAUGCGCUUUUGUAUGAGAUGGGACACCAACGGCCCCUUCUGCCAGGAUUCGCUGCAAGUAAAGAUCUUCGCCCAGUCAAGGGUCAGCUCACAAACGCAAAAAAACAAA